AGGGUUCAAUGACCCACAGAAGGAGGAGUACUUCAGGAAGAGAUUCAGUGAUGAGGACCUGGCCAGCAGAAUCAUCUCACACAUAAAGACAUCAAGGAGCCUCCACAUCAUGUGCCACAUUCCAGUCUUCUGUUGGAUUUCUGCUAUAGUCCUUGAACACAUGUUGAAACAUAAGAGAGAAGAGAUGCCCAAGACUCUGACUGAGAUGUACACACACCUUGUGGUGUUUCAUACCAAACAGAAGAAUGAAAAGUAUCUUGGGAAAGAAGAGACAGGUCCACACUGGAAUAAAGAGAGCAUUCUGUCACUGGGAAAACUGGCUUUUCAACAGCUUGUGAAGGGCAAUCUGAUUUUCUAUGAAGAAGACCUGAAAGAGUCUGGCAUUGAUGUUAAUGAAGCCUCAGUGUACUCAGGAUUGUGCACACAGCUCUUUAAAGAGGAAUGUGGGCUGUACCAGGACAAGGUGUACUGCUUUGUUCAUCUGAGCAUUCAGGAGUUUCUGGCUGCUGUAUAUGUGUUCCUCUCAUUCAUCAACAACAAUGAGAAUCUAAUGGAUGAACUGCAAACAAACGACGAGCCUGAAGUUACUUUCUAUAAGAGUGCUGUGGAUAAAGCCUUACAAAGUGAGAUGGGAAACCUGGACCUUUUCCUCCGCUUCCUUCUGGGCCUCUCACUGGAGUCCAAUCAGAAACACUUACGAGGUCUACUGACAAAGCCAAGAAGCAACUCACAGAGCCAUGAAGAAACAGUCGAGUACAUCAAGGAGAAGAUCGGGGAGGAUCUCUCUCCAGAGAGGAGCAUCAAUCUGUUCCACUGUCUGAAUGAACUGAAUGACCAUUCUCUAGUGGAGGAGAUCCAACGCUUCCUGAACUCAGGAAGUCUCUCAAAACCCAAACUGUCACCUGCACAGUGGUCAGCUCUGGUCUUUGUGUUGCUGACUUCAGAAAAGGAGCUGGAUGUGUUUGACCUGAAGAAAUACUCCAGAUCAGAGGAAGGUCUUCUGAGGCUGCUGCCAGUGGUCAAAGCCUCCAGAGCUGCUCUGCUGUCAGGCUGUGGAGUCACAGAGGAAGGCUGUGCUUCUCUGGUCUCAGCUCUGAGGUCAAACCCCUCACACCUGAGAGAGCUGGAUCUGAGUAACAAUGACCUGAAGGAUUCAGGAGUGAAGCUGCUCUCUGCUGGACUGGGGAAUCCCCACUGUAAACUGGAGACUCUGAGACUCACUGUCUGUAAACUCACAGACACAUCCUGUAAAGUGUUGGCCUCAGUUCUCAGUUCAAACCCCUCACACCUGAGAGAGCUGGACCUGAGUAACAAUGACCUGAAGGAUUCAGGAGUGAAGCUGCUCUCUGCUGGACUGGGGAAUCCCCACUGUAAACUGGAGACUCUGAGGCUGUCAGGCUGUCUAGUCACAGAGGAAGGCAGUGCUUCUCUGGUCUCAGCUCUGAGGUCAAACCCCUCACACCUGAGAGAGCUGGACCUGAGCUACAAUCACCCAGGAGACUCAGGAGUCAGACUGCUCUCUGCUGGACUGGAGGAUCCACACUGCAGACUGGAGAAACUCAAUGUGGAACAUGGUGGAGAGAACAGAAUGAAACCUGGACUUAGAAAAUAUGUCUGUGAUCUCACACUGGACCCAAACACAGCACACAGACACCUCUCUCUGUCUGAGGGGAACAGAAAGGUGACAUGGAGGACAGAGGAGCAGCCGUAUCCUCAUCACCCAGAGAGAUUUGAGGAUUGUAGACAGGUGCUGUGUAGAGAGGGUCUGACUGGGCGCUGUUACUGGGAGGUAGAGUGGAGUGGGAGAAGGGCUGUUAUAGGAGUGACAUAUAAAGGAAUCAGCAGGAGAGGAAGGGUUAAUGACUGUUGUCUUGGAUACAAUGACAAGUCCUGGAGUCUGUUCUGCACUGACAACAGUUACAUUGCCAGGCACAAUAAUAAUCCCACUCUCAUAGACGUCCCCUCCUCCAGCCCCCACAGAGUAGGAGUGUAUCUGGACUGGUCAGCCGGCACUCUGUCCUUCUAUAGAGCCUCCUCUGACACAAUGACCCACCUGAUCACAUUCACCUCCACAUUCACUGAGCCCCUCUAUCCAGGGUUUUGGGUUUGGGGUGAUGGUGACUCAGUGUCCCUGAAAUAAUGGUGAUGGUGACUCAGUGUCAAUAAUAACCUGACACACACACACACACACACACACACACACACAGGACACACACACACAGGACACACACACACUGGACACACACACACACUGGACACACACACACACUGGACACACACACACACUGGACACACACACUGGACACACACACACACUGGACACACACACACAC